AUGAUAGGAUGUGGUGGUUAUCUCGUCUGGCAGGCCGAUCGGAUUGAGAGAAUGCGCCAUACAUGCCAAUGCGACCGGUUCAUAUGCCGGUUGGUGUCGCAGUUCGGUGAGGUAUCAAAACUAUUACGUCCGGUAAUGCUUAAUAUGGCCAUGACGUUGACCGCAUGGAUUUACGUGUACGAUAUGAAGACGGAUGAACGUCUAUCAGCAAUUGAUUUGCUGAAGAGCAUUCAUAUGGACGAGGACAAGAUUAUAUACGAGUAUUUGCCUGGAAUGGUCACGGCGUACGGUGGAUUCGGAUGCAUU